UACCAAAACAUGUCGAUUGCUCUGGGUUCACGGUCUGGACCUCGUAAGAGCAUGAAUAUUUAUUCGCAUUCGCAGCAACAGAACCACGCACGAUACUUGGAUGAAUUAAAACAAGAGUUCAAGAAAAUUUACGCAAAUCCCCCCGUUUACACAAAAAGUAUUGAUGAUUUUGAUUUCAUACAAAAUGUAGGAACUGGCUCAUAUGGAACCGUGGUCUUGGUACGGGACAAAACGACGUUUCUGUAUCAUGCCAUGAAGUCCAUCGAGAAGGAAGUUGCAGUGAAGACGAAAGCCCUAAAGCAGUUGGUUCAAGAAAAGAAAAUUUUACAAAGCUGCAAAUUCAUCUUCGUAUUAACUUUGGACUUUUGUUGCAAGGAUAAUGUUUAUGUUUAUUUAUUAGUGCCUUACGCAGAAGGUGGCGAAUUAUUCUCAUUACUAAAGAAAUUAGGGGUGUUAUCAGAGCCUUUAGCUCAAUUUUAUAGUGCGCAAGUAGUAUUGGCUUUGGAAUACCUGCACCACUGCGACGUAAUACACAGAGAUGUUAAACCAGAGAAUAUCCUAAUCACAAAGACGGGAUACCUCAAGUUGGGAGAUUUCGGUUUUUGUAGAAUAUUAAAGAACAGAGCUUGGACUUUAUGUGGAACACCAGAAUAUUUAGCACCAGAAAUUAUAAAAUCUAAAGGAUAUUCAUACUCUGUUGAUUGGUGGGCAUUAGGGGUGCUUGUAUUCGAGUUGAACGUUGGGUACCCUCCAUUUUACAGUACAGACACGAUGGUACUAUAUGAGAAAAUACUGUCAGGGUCGUUCAAGGCUCCACCAACAAUGACUCCUCAGUGCAAAUUGCUAGUAAAGCAGUUACUAGAGGUAGAUCCUAGUAAACGAAUUGGGUUUCUAAAAGCGGGAGUAUAUGACAUAAAGAGUCACGAGUGGUUCCAGGGGUUGGAAUGGAACAUGUUGCUGAACCAGCAACUGAAGCCGCCCUUUAUUCCAAUACUUAACGACGUUAUCGACGGGUGCGACAACUUAAUGGGCACCAAGCUAAAACAUUCUCCCGUUAAUCUGUUCGAAGAAGAAUUUCAAGAUUUCUAGCAUAUUUAUGCUCGACUACAGCGUCAAAAAAAAGUUUUUUCGGCCGCCUUU